GUUCACGGGUAGUAAGUUAUGGUUUGACUGCCGUCCCAGGACGCUUUCACGGGUAGAAGGUUGUGAAAACACGGGUUACGAUUUGCCUGGAACGCAGCAUCAAAGUCCAUGUACAAGUGCCUAGUCCGUGCACUGACUCCAGUCCAGUCAGUGACAUGAAUCCAGCGAAUCCAGGUCCAGUGACUCCGCUGAUCCAGUGCUCCGGGCUUUGGUUGCAUUGUACCUAACAGCCAUUUAGCCCCACUGUGCUGUUUUUCUGUCUGUUGCUGUCCGUGUGUCUGUUAACGGGAGGGGGGGGGAUACCGUUGACCUGGAAACUCUGGGAGUAUCACAUCCAGUCAUGGAAUACCUCGGAUAAGUUUUAUGUCCAUCCAGGCUCGAGAAACGACUCCAAAAUGUCGGUGUUUCCCGCUGCUUUCCAGUUUUCUCCCCGGGAUUUGACCGUGUGAUGGCUGCGGUCCAGUGAACUGGGAGCACGUUGACUGGCUUGCCUGUUCUAUCCACCAGUUUUUGGGAGCUUGUCUUAACUGGUUUUACUGGGAUUAUCGGAACCUAUGGAGUGUACAUGAACGUUGGUCGGAUAGGGAUUUCAAACGGGGAGGCGAUGUGGGGAGCUGGGCGGUGGCCUGGGGCCCAGCCCUGAGGAGGCGUCCCGCGGCUGGGAGGAGCCCCCGGCCCCUCCUCUGGCCCCCCCCCCCCGCAGCGCCCCGGGACGACCCUACUAAGAUGUCCCUCAGCAGCGGCCCUGCAGGCGGGAAAGGUGUGGACUCCAACGCGGUGGAGGCGUACGACAGCGGCGAUGAGUGGGAUAUCGGCGUCGGCAAUCUGAUCAUCGACCUAGACGCCGACCUGGAGAAGGACAAGCUGGAGAUGUCGAGCGGCAAGGAGGGAGGGGGCAUGGCCGCCCCCCCUGGCGCCGUUGCCGCGCUACCGGACAACAUAAAGUUCGUGAGCCCCGUAGCUGCCGCCGCGCAGGGCAAAGAGAGCAAAUCCAAAUCCAAACGCAGUAAAAACUCUAAGGAGAGCGCCAAGGCCCCGACGGUGUCAGACGGAGCUAAGAAGGAGGUUCAGGGGGGUCCGGGGCCGACCCAGAACCCUAACUGUACCCCCGCCAAGGGCACCGACAAGCCCGGUAAACCCUCCCGUACCCUGCCCGCCCCGAAAAAGGACAAAGACGGCUCGUCGGGGAAAACCAAGAAGGAGAAAACGGAGGUUGUUUCUGUCGGCGCUGAGAAAGAGCCCGCGGCUACCGUCCCUCGCGGCGGCCCCUUCGAGGGCCCGCAGGACCCCGAGUCGGCCGCGGCCGAGCAGCUCGGGAUCGUCGUGGCUCCGCCCCCGCCGCCGCUGCUGGACCCGGCCGGGGUUGGACAGCACGUCGCCAUGACGACGGAGCAAGAGGAAGUGGACAACGGCGAAUGCCGAAAUCCGAAGAAAGCGAUCACCGUGAAGAUGGAGUCUCCGGCCUCCACGCCCGCUCCCCCCCCUCUCCACCUCCUCUCCCCCGUCGCCAGCAGCGAGAUCUCGUCUCCCUGCGAGCAGCUCAUGGUACGCACGCGCUCGGUAGCGGUGAACACUGCGGAUGCGGCGCAGGCGACGGAGCCGGAGUGCCUGGGGCCCUGUGAGCCAGGCACCAGCGUCAACCUGGAGGGCAUCGUGUGGCAGGAGACAGAGGACGGCAUGCUGGUGGUUAACGUCACCUGGAGGAACAAGACAUACGUUGGGACGCUGCUGGACUGCACGAGACAUGACUGGGCCCCUCCAAGGUUCUGCGAGUCUCCGACCAGCGACGUGGAAAUGCGGAGCGGGCGCGGCCGGGGGAAGCGGAUGCGCCCCAGCGGCAACACGCCGCUGAACGACAACAGCAACUCCUCCGACAACAGAGGCAGCGGCAGCAGCAAGACGCGCGGCGCCGCGGCGGCCAGCAGCAAAGGGCGGCGAGGCAGCCAGACGGCGGGCGGCCCCGAGGACGCCAAGGCCAGCCCACUGUCCUCCGCCAAGAGGAAGACCAAGCCGGCCUCGGACAUGGAGCCCACCUCCAGCUCCGAGGACACCAAGGCGUCCAAGCGCAUGAGGACCAACUCCACGCCCAACUCGACGGGCGCCUCCCUUCCCGUCGCCGUGGGGAAAGUUGACGCCUUGCCGCCGCAGCAGCUGGACCGCGCCUGCCCGUCCCCGGUGCUCAUCGACUGCCCGCACCCGAACUGCAACAAGAAGUACAAGCACAUCAACGGGCUCAAGUACCACCAGGCCCGGGCGCACAACGACCACGACGACGUCCGGUUGGACCACGACGCCGACAGCGAAUGCGGCGACGAGCCCGCCGCGCUCCACCCGGACCCGGCGUCCUGCAACGGCGCCGCCAUCUCCCCCGCGCGCUCCGCCACGCCCAAGGGACGCGCCUUCACCGACUCGCCUUCGAAGCUGCCGUCGAAGGGGAAGAAGAAGGCGGGCGAGGCGGAGCCGGAGGCGCCGGACCACGGCGAGGACCCCGCGAGUUUGACGGACGACGCCAGCAACGACGGGAUGGACGACAGGAAGGCGAAGAAGGUGGCGCCCGGCGGCAAAACCGGCGAUAAACCGACGCAGAAAGGCGCGAAGCCGCCCGGCCGGCCCCCCGUAGCGCCCAACGCCCCUUCGCCGUACGCCAUGCAGGCGUCCUCCCCCGCGGUUCUGGGCUCGGUGGUUCAGCCCGUCCCCAAGAGCCCCCAGCUGAAGAACGCGCAGCCCAAAGCGCCGCCGGCGCCGGGGGAGGCCACCGCCACCAGCCCCACGCUCGGCAAGGACAAGAAGAAGAAGGACAAGAAGAAGCGGGAGGGAGGGAAGGAGGGCGACAGUCCGAAGGGAAAGGGCCAGGCCAGGCCGGAGGAAGGGAAGAGCCCGUACUCGGAGUCACCCGACGCCGCCUUGCUCAACGGCUCAUCGGACGCACAGCAGAGCCGCCUGGCUAGCAUCAAGGCCGAGGCCGACAAGGUGUACAGCUUCUCGGACAACGCGCCCAGCCCGUCCAUCGGCGUGGCGAGCCGCAUCGAGGCCGGCCUCGGGCCGCAGCUCAACCAGAACGGCGCCGACAGCGCUUCCGUCAAAACGGGCAGCCCGGCCUACUCCGACAUCUCGGACGCCGGCGAGGACGGCGAGGGGAAAGCCGAGAGCGUGAAGGUGAAAACGGAGCCGGACCAGGGACCUCGUGAAGGCGCCAAGAAGGCGCUGUUCCCGCCUCAGGCGCCCAGUAAAGAGUCGCCGUACUACCCCAACUACGAGUCCUACUACUCCCCGAACUACCCCAACCCGAGCCCGGGCGCCACGCCCACGGCGCCGCCACACGUGGAGGGAGCUCAGGUGAAGGUGAAGAAGGAGGAGGAGCCCGAGGUGUGCGAGGACCUGAAGCUGAAGGUGGAGCCUCCGGAGGAGAGGAAGGUGGAGCCGCCGGGACCUCCUCAUCAUCACCACCACCAUCAUCAUCAGCAGCAGCCGUCCGUCAUCCAGCAGCGCUCCAACAUGUACGCUCAGCCGCUGUACUACAACCAGUACUACGUCCCGCCGUACUCGUACUCGCCCGACCAGGCCUACCACGCCCACCUGCUGGCCUCCAACCCAGCCUACCGCCAGCAGUACGAGGACAGGCAGCGGCUCGCCGACAAGAAGGCCGAGAGCAAGGAGCGGGAGGCGUCCGGGAAGGAGGAGUGGAAGCACAAAGCCUCGGUGCCCCCGAACCUCUCCAGGGCGCCCAGCCUCACCGACCUCGCCGCUAAGGGCGCGCCGAACCAACCGGCCAAGCCCAAAGAGACGCCGCCAGCAGCGGCGGAGCAAGCCAAGUCGGUCAUCAUGGCGAAGGGAGAGGACCAAAAGGCCGCCACCGCUGCCCAGCCGGAGGGCUUGAAGAUGAAGCUGAGCGAAGCAGGGCAUCAUGGGAAAGAGGAGGCCAAGCCAGGGGGCGAGCCAGGCAGGCCGGCGGGCGUAGAGCCCGCCAUGUGGUACAGACAGGAGCCGGACUCGCGCUUGUGGCCGUACGUCUACCCCAACAAAUACUCGGAAGCCCCGAAACCUCAGGAGGAGGACCGGUGGAAGGAGGAGAGGGCGGGAGAGCGAGAGAGGGAGCGCGACAGGAAGGGGAAGGAGGAGAGGCCGCGCCUGAAGGACGGAGGCCAGAAAGAGGAGCUGAAAGAGGGGAUGGAGGGCAGGACUCAGCUUCCUCCAGAGGAGCACCGGGGGGGAGGAGGCAAGGAGGCCCGCCCCCCCCACAUGCAGUUCUCCUCCCCUCUGGCUCAGCACCAGGGCUACAUGCCCUACAUGCACGGACCGUACGCGUACAGCCACGGCUACGAGCCGAGCCACCCCGGCUACAGAGGCAUGCCCUCCGUCAUGAUGCAGAACUACCCCGGCUCGUACCUGCCGGCUGGCUACUCGUUCCCCUCGUACGGGGGGAAGGUGUCUGCGGGGGAGGAGGGGGAGAAGGCCUCCAGGUCCAGUCCCACGGUGAAGCAGCCCGGCGAGGCCAAAGCCCUGGAGCUGCUGCAGCAGCACGCCAGCCAGUACAAGAGCAAGUCCCCGUCCGUCCAGGACAACAAGACGCCCCACGAGAGGGACCGGGAGCGGGAGAGAGACCGGGGUGGGGGGGAGGGCGACCGGCCACGAUCCUCACCGUCCCAACGCAUGCUGCCUUCACAUCAUCACCUGGGAUACCCACUGCUGUCGGGACAGUACGACCUGUCCUACGCCUCAGGUCUCUCCUCUUCAGCCAUCGUCGCCAGUCAGCAAGCAUCCGCCCCGUCCAUGUACCCUCCCUCACGGAGGUGAGAACGGCACACCUGAUUGGCUGAUCUCCACCCCGCCGCCCGCCCCGAGUCAUGUGACUGGAUCCUGUGAGGAAGCAUUUCGGUGUCGACAUCA